AUGACCAAGCGAGACGAGGGCGAGGGCCAGAGACGGACAACACUCAAACGUCUCAAGAAGCCCGGCCAGAGAGCCAAAACGACGGCCGACGCGAUGCUCAAAAACAAGACAACCACCAAAACGAACAGGGACGCGACGAUGAACAACAACAGGGCGGGCCGCGAAGCCCUGGACACUCAACGAGCGGACCUGUUCGGCGACUGGAUGAAGUCCCGCGCGCCACAGCACGAGAGUCUUCCUCACCAGUCCGUAAGCUGGUGGGAUCCGGGAUUGGCAACGCUACGGAAGCACAUAUCUGCCAUGUGGUGCAGAAACACCUUCAUCAUCUGCGUCUCCAUGUUCCUCAUUCUCUGCCUCUACUGGGGCAUCGUCUUCCGCAUCGAGGAGAACCUGCCGUCCCUCGUCUGCUUCGUCGUCGACUUCGACGGCCAGGCCGCCCCAUACGACGCCGUCACGCCCCUCAUCGGCCCGGCCGUCACCGCCCUCGCCAACGAGACGCUCAACAGCCCCGUGCCGUCCAUCGGCUACCAGAUCCGCACCGCCGCCGAAUUCGACUUCGACCCGCUCAAGGUCCGCGAGGCCGUCUACCACUUCAAGGCCUGGUCCGCCGUCGUCGUCAACCCCAACGCGACGGCCCUGCUACGCGCCGCCGUCGAGGUCGGCAACGCCUCGUACGACCCGACCGGCGCCGUCCAGGUCAUCACCAUGUCCAGCCGCGACUCCUUCAUGACCUACAGCUACAUCCUCCCGAGCCUGACCACCUUCACCUCGGACCUGAUGACACGCUUCGGCGAGGCCUGGGCCGCCAUGCUCAUGGCCGACGACACCCUGACCAAGGAGACUCUUCGCGCGGCCGCCAGCGCCGUCAACCCCGGGGUGUCGCCCCUCAUGCUGGACCUCCGCCCGUUCGGCCCUCCGGCGGCGAUCCCGGCCGUGACGUUCGGCCUUAGUUUCCUGAUUGCCCACCUCGGCUUCACCUAUUAUCUUGCCGAUGACAGAAAAUGCAUCGUACCCGAAGGCCAUCCUCCGGUGCACUACUGGCACUACGUGAUCCGCCGCUGGAUCUCCCUGAUGGCGGCCUACUUCUUCCUCUCGCUCGUCUACUGCCUCAUCUCCCUCGUCUUCCAGGUGCCCUUCUCCAACCCGCCGGCGUCCCCCGUCGAGGUGGCCGAGAAUCCCAACGCCUACGGCCGCGCCUCUUUUAUCGUCUUCUGGCUCCUCAACUUCCUCGGCAUGGCGGCCCUCGGCAUGGCCUGCGAGAACAUGGCCAUGGUCAUCGGCCCCCGCUGGGUCGGCCUCUGGCUAACCUUCUGGACCCUGACCAACACCCUCACCGGCUUCUGGCCGCCCGACAUCGCGCCGGGCUUCUACCGCUGGGCCUACGCCUGGCCGUACCACCACGUCAUCGAGGGCAGCCGCCAGAUCCUGUUCGACCUGCACUCGCGCAUCGGCCUCAACUUCGGCGUGCUCAUCGCCUGGGUCGCCGUGAACACGGUGCUGUUCGUGCCGGCGUGCUACGUGCUGCGCUGGAAGGACGAGAAGGAGAUCCGCAGCCGGGAGACCAAGAUGCCGCACUUCCACCUCCACCGGUACGACGUGGAGACGGCGAUCCCCAAGCAGCCGGGCGUCGCGCCCCCGAGAAGGAAGAGGGGGUUCCUGCGGGCGUUGUAG